AUGAAUUUUUCUCCACAUGAGAGAACUUCACAGGCAAUGACCAUUUUGUCAGCGCUGACGUCAGCAGCCUUCGAGCAACAGCCCCGUCAAAUUUUGCCCGUGGACUUGCCCGGGCUGGACUGCGCACGCUGGAGAUGGGCUUCAGAGAAGAAGUUAGCGAACCCCAUGAGGGAGAUCAAGGUCCAGAAGCUGGUCCUAAACAUCUCUGUUGGUGAGAGUGGAGAUCGACUUACCAGAGCCGCGAAGGUGUUGGAGCAACUCAGUGGACAAACACCCGUUUUCUCCAAAGCAAGGUACACUGUUCGAUCCUUCGGUAUCAGGCGUAAUGAGAAGAUUGCCUGCUAUGUCACUGUUAGGGGUGACAAGGCCAUGCAACUUUUGGAGAGUGGAUUGAAGGUGAAGGAAUAUGAGUUGCUAAGAAGGAACUUUAGUGAUACUGGUUGUUUUGGAUUUGGUAUCCAGGAGCACAUUGAUUUGGGAAUCAAGUACGAUCCUUCAACUGGUAUUUAUGGGAUGGAUUUCUUUGUUGUUUUGGAGCGUCCGGGUUAUCGUGUUGGCCGUCGUCGUAGAUGCAAGUCUCGUGUUGGGAUCCAGCACAGGGUCACCAAGGAUGAUGCCAUGAAAUGGUUCCAGGUCAAAUAUGAGGGUGUGAUCCUUAACAAGUCCCAGCAGCUCUCAGCUUCCUAG